AUGUCGAACCGGUUCUUUCAAAAGUUCUACCUGCGGUGCGGCAACUGUUCUGCAAUCCAGCGUAGUGCCCAGGGGUACAAGCCGAUUGCGAACCCCAUCCUCUUCAAUUCCGAUGAGCACUGCCGCAACUACCACGAUGAGCAGCGCCGCGCCGCCGGGUACUCUGGCGUGUUGGUGACAUGCCGCUGUGAGAGCUGCAGGCGCGUACACUCUAAUUGGACGGUACUCGACGCUCAGGAGUUUGUUGACGCGAAGCUGCGCAUGACACCCGAGGACCGCGCUCAGCGCUUGUGGGCUUCCAAGUCGUAG